CUCAAAUGAUGAACCACAACAUGAAGAGUGGAAUUCAUACGCAUAUAUUUCAUCAAAAAGAACGCAUACACACGCAAUUCUACUUAAUCUAGUUGCAUUCGGUACGAAAGACUGUAACAAAAGGGAGUGGAAUCAUCAUGUAAAGGGAUCGACUUGCUAAUCGAUUCCGCUGCAUUAGAUGUAACCGAUUCCGAAUGCCAUGCCCAGUCAUAUGUGAAAUGAAUUAUCCACGCGUACGUUGAUAGGUAGUUUAGUAAAUGGGAAAUGAUCUACCUUUGUCGCCGUUAUCCAUUGAGCAUUGUUUUUGUUAAUACAUGGAAAUCUUUUUGUGGGGUUCUUCCGGCAGGACCGGGUCACCCAGAGACCGUCACUGCAACCGAAGCGGCUCCUUUAUCUCCAUCUUCAUCUUCCUCCAUUCCCGUCUGUCUUAGCAAUACAAUUCAUCAGACAUAUCCUUAGAUCUCUCUCUGCCUGCCUCUCUGCGUGUUGAGUUGUCGGACCAACCAAGAAGAAGAUGAAGAGAGCGAACGGUAACGGACAUUUCUGCUUCGAGCUCAACACUGGGGCUCUGAUGCCGGCGGUCGGCCUCGGAACUUGGAAAGCGCCGCCGGGCGUCGUCGGUGAAGCCGUCGUCGCUGCCGUUAAGGCAGGGUAUCGUCACAUCGACUGUGCCCGGGUCUACGAUAACGAGAAAGAGGUAGGAGUGGCAUUGAAGCAGCUAUUCUCCGAUGGAGUAGUGAAGCGCAGUGACUUGUUCAUCACGUCAAAGCUAUGGUGCAGCGAUCAUGCUCCUGAAGAUGUUCCAAAGGCUCUCAGCAUGAGUUUAGAAGACUUGCAGCUCGAUUAUGUCGAUUUAUAUCUCAUGCAUUGGCCAUUCCGAACGAAGCCAGGAAGUCGAGGGUUUGCUCCAGAAGUCAUGGCUCCUCUGUGCCUCCCAGAGACAUGGGUUGCCAUGGAAGGGUUAUAUGCUUCUGGUCGGGCCCGUGCGAUCGGUGUGAGCAAUUUCUCGACCAGAAAGCUAGGAAAUUUGCUCUCACACACGAAGAUCCCACCUGCCGUUAAUCAAGUAGAAUGCCACCCCGUGUGGCAGCAACCUAGCCUUCACCGUCUGUGCCAAUCCACUGGAGUUCAUCUCUCAGCCUACUCGCCACUAGGAUCGCCUGGGUCAUGGGUCAAGGGUGAGACACUCAAGGAACCGGUCUUGAUUGAGAUUGCCGAGAAGCUCAACAAAUCCCCUGCCCAAAUUGCUCUACGCUGGGGGCUUCAGUCUGGUCACAGUGUCCUCCCAAAGAGCGUCAAUGUGUCCCGGAUCAAAGAAAACUUUGAUGUGUUCGACUGGAGCAUUCCUGCAGAGCUGUUUGAAAAGUUCUCGACCAUACAACAGGCUAGGCUUCUCCGGGGCGAUUUUGCAGUUCAUGAAACAUGCAGUCCAUACAAAAGCCUCGAUGAACUGUGGGAUGGUGAAAUAUGAGAAGGUGUGACACACUACUCUUCGAGUCUAUCAUCACACGAUAGAUUAAUAAAGGAAAUUGCGCAUGGGCUGGCGAAUGCUCCUGGUAUAUGAGUUUGAAGACUGUUGCUUAUUGAGAAUGAUCACCGAUAUCGAACUAUUAGUUGGAAAGUUUAUCUUCCUUUGAUAAGACCUUAAAGUCACCACAAACAAUGGCUUUAAAGAUGACUCUCUGCACCAACCAAAAACUUUAUAGUGAUCAACUCGGAACAGUGCUAGCUUUCAUAGGAUUCUUUAAGCUGUGUCUGCUAAUCUCAGGAGGUUAAACUCGGUGAAGUACCGAGUUCUUUCUGAUUUUGUUAGUCAAACUACACAAGAAGAAGAAGAGGGACAGAAAUUGCAGUGC